AUGGUCGUUCCGAAGCACCAGCUCGAGGCUGCUCUUCACGAAGAGAACCAGGCCAUUCGCGCCGGAAAGUUGAAGGAGGACAAUCCCCUCGACCUCAGCGACGAUUUUCGGCUGCUGUGCGAUGCCUGCCGCCGCGGAGACCUGAAGCUUUGCCAGGAGCAGCUUUCCAAGGGCGUCAAUAUCAAUGCUAGAGAUCAAUUCGAUUAUACCCCUCUGAUUCUGGCUAGUCUAUGCGGCCACUACGAGGUCGUGCGCCAUCUCCUGGAAUCCGGCGCCCUCUGCGAGCGUGACACAUUCCAAGGCGAGCGAUGCCUCUACAAUGCCUUGAACGACCGCAUUCGGAACCUGCUUCUUUCCUACGACUACUCCAAGUCUACCGAUCCACUCCAGCCGUUCGCCGCUCACAUUACCUCGCUUCUUACACGAGAAACGCCGAACACCUCAGACAUCACGGUAGUUGCUGCGGAUAGGGAACUGCCUUUGCAUAAAUUCAUCCUCUCGGCGAGAUCACCCUACUUUGCGAAAAAGCUUGCCGACGCCCCCGACACCAAGAUAACCAACUUCACUUCCGAGAAAAUCGCCACUCAAUCAUUAGAAUCCGUGAUUCGCUAUUUAUACUUCUCCGAAGUCAAAGCGGAUUUUGGGGACGGAGAGGAAGAGCAGAUCGUCUUGACGGGCAUAGAUAAGCUUGGCAAGAAGCUCCAAAUCGACCACCUUUUCCGAAACAUCCUCGAGAGCAACGACCGGCGGUUAGCUCGUCAGCGAAGGCAGGAUGAAGUUAACAGAGGGAGAGACCAGAUCGAAGGCUGGUUCAAUGAACACGUGCUAAAGCACAAGAUCACCCUUGAUACGGACAAGGCGGACAGCGUGAAGUGGGAUCGGGAUAACCGGAUAUUCGCAGACGUGCUCCUCCGCGCAGACGAGGACUACGAAGACGAGGACGACGCGGUGACUCCAACCCCCUCCACCCCGGACUCUGACGAACCCAAGGUCCGCAAUACUCUCGGUCCUCUCAAUGGAAUUCCCAUUGGCCCCAUCACACGAUCGCGCUCGCCGUCGCGGCAGCGGCAGCCGCGCAAGUCCGUUCUCUACCCGGUGCAUCGCGCAAUGCUCAUCCGCUCCGAAUUCUUCCAGACCAUGUUCAGCUCCGGUUUCCGCGAGGCGCAGGAGACGCCGUACCUCCAAGUGAUCCCGAUCGACUGCUCGCCGCGGGUGCUCGAGAUAGUGCUGACCUUCCUCUACACGGAGCGUGCCGACUUUCCCCUCUCCGUCGCCAUCGACGUCCUCUUCAUCGCCGACCUCCUCUGGCUCGACAAGCUCAAAGUCCGCGCCGCGCAAAUCAUCAGCACCCUCGGCAACGGCAACACCUCCGUUGUCGAAGCCGAGAACCCGCGUGGCGAAACCGCCUUCCCCGAAGAAGACGACGAGGACCAGGAACCUCUCGACAUCUACGACGUCAUCCGCGCCGGUUGGGAUACGCGCGUCCAGCGCCUCGAGGAGUUCGGCGCCCGCUACCUCGCCCACCGCCUCGAGCGCUACAUCGACGACCCAGACUUCGCCGACCUCGUCCGUGAGAGCGCUGCCCGCGUCCACGCCCGCCAGGAAACCGACACGGUCGAGCUCAUCGACGACAUUCGCUACUACCUCUCGGAGCGCUUCCGCCUGCGGUUCGAGGACUCGGGUCUCGAGGAAAUGAUGGAUGAGCAGGGCGAGCUGGAUUUGAACGCCGUCGUCGCUGCUGCGAACGCUGCUGCUGCGAAGGAUGGAGGAUCAGGAGCAGGAGGGAGAGAAUUGCCGCCGCCGCCGCCGCCAACAGGUGAGAUGAAGAAUCUCAGCCUAUCAUCUUCGGAUGGUGGAGCCCUGGCGGCGGCGCAAGCGCAGGCUCCCGUCAUCAGGACGCUCGAUGGCGAGAUUGCGGGCGACGAGUUCGCGCAGGACGCCAUCAACUAUCAGAUCCUGCUUGGGAAGAUCGACCGCUUGCUGGAUAGCCUCAAGUUGGAUGCUUAA